CGCGGGAUGGAGGCGAACGCGGAGGACUGCGUGGCCGCCUGGUGGGCCAUGGUUGUGCGGAACGUGCGAUGUAUUCCGCAGCGCUGUGAAAUACUUGGAAGAAAAAUUGCCGCUCAAUACCGCAGCUUUACUAGUAAAUCGUUAAAAGAACACAUUUUCCCUCCUCUGAUGGACAUGCUAGUUUAUUUUAAUUUUUUCAAAGCACCGUUUCUUGUGGAUUUAAAGGAACCAGAGUCAAAGAUACCUCACACAGCGAACUUCUAUAUCAAAGUUGAACCUGGGGUGAUUCUGGGAGUCUGGCACACAGUUCCUGCCUGCCGGGGGAAAGAGGCCAAGGGGAAGGGCCGUUGCUGGUAUGAAGCAGCCCUUCAGGAUGGCAACCCAAUUAUUGUUUAUCUUCAUGGCAGUGCAGAACACAGGGCAGCACCUCACAGGCUUAAUCUAGUACAGGUGCUGAGUGACGGUGGCUUUCACGUCCUGUCUGUUGACUACAGAGGGUUCGGGGACUCUACAGGUAAGCCCACGGAGGAGGGACUGACGGCGGAUGCCAUUUGUGUCUAUGAGUGGACCAAGGCAAGAAGCGGUGCCACCCCCGUGUGCCUCUGGGGCCAUUCUCUGGGAACAGGAGUUGCAACAAAUGCUGCAAGAGCACUAGAAGAGAAAGGAUCCCCAGUUGAUGCUAUUAUUCUAGAAGCUCCAUUUACCAACAUGUGGACUGCAAGUAUCAAUUAUCCCUUGUUAAAGAUUUACCAGAAACUUCCAGGAUUUUUACAAACACUCAUGGAUGCCCUGAGGAAAGACAAAAUAGUCUUCCCCAAUGAUGAAAAUGUAAAAUACCUGUCUUCCCCCCUUCUCAUCCUUCAUGGUGAGGACGACGUGACGGUGCCGUUGGAGAAUGGAAAACAGCUCUAUGAAAUUGCACGCAACGCAUACAGGAACAAAGAGAGGGUCAAGAUGGUGAUCUUUCCUCCUGGCUUCAAACACAACCUGCUUUGUAAAAACCCCACGCUGUUAAAAACUGUGAGAGAUUUCCUGAGUGAGCAGUGGGCGUGAGGUCUGAGAGCAGCAGAAACCUUCAGCGAAGACUUGGUCCAAACACCGCCUGCGAUGUGUAUUUUUUUGUGUGUAAAAUUGUACAGGGCUGCUUAGAUAAACUAAAGUUACUGGAAUUCCUAGGGUUACCUGCCAUCUAUGAAGCAGGGAUACUGGAGGGUACGGAAUGUUCCCAUUUAGCUUAUCAUAGUCUACUUUGUGGAACAUGCUGAAACAUCAAUGUGGAGAAUAAGAAUUUGGUAAAAACUGGAUCCCAUAUAGAAAUAUGUAGUUAAAUGAUUUGUAUUUAAAUACCAUUAAAA